AAGUGGUUGCGUCGUGGCAACUGAAUAGGACAAUAAGAAGUUGCAAGAUUAAACAUGGGGAAAUCGGGUAGAAGUAAUGCUUCUAGAGCAUCCAGUGGCUUUACAACCGUUGAUGUUGAGUUGGAAACUUUAAUGAGAGAAUUUCCUGAAUGGAGAAGUAAAUUUCCCGAAAUUUGCGAUCGGAUUCAAAGUCCGCCUAGAUUUCACAAGUCUAAAAAAGAAAAUGCCUGUCAACCGUUUGAAAAGACCAACAAGAAACAGGGACCGUUUCCGGAAACUCAUUAUCAAGAAGCUUAUAGGAAGAAACAAAGUAGGGUUAGAAGCUCUAAACGACCUCCUCCUUCGCCAAGAGACCCAAAUCCUCCACCUAUGACCUUUGAAACAUGGCAAAGAAGUGAGUUUUUCGAGAGAGAAAACAAAGGUAGAGUAGCUCCGAUUAAAAUUGAAGAUUCGUACGAAGCCCCAAAGGCUCCUUUGGAUAGUAAUACAGAAUAUACUAAAGAAUACACGGAAAAGAAAAUAAAAUUACCUGACAUCCGUAAGAGUGCGCCUGCAUCUAUACCUCCAAAAAAUAAUGUUGUAAUGAAGAAAGGAGGCAAAUUCGAUUCUACUACAACAACCAAAGAGCAUUAUAAACAUUGGCCUCAGCAACCGCAAAUGCUGUCUUUCGGUGAACUGCCAUCAUUUACGAACUCUGUUCUUUAUUGGGAUGACAAGAAAUUACCUCAAUCGACCACGCAAGAAACAUUCCGUGGUGAGUUUGGUAAGAGACCUGAGAUGGUGAAAUUAGCUGGCGGAACCCUGAAGCCUGAAGGAGAGAUGGAACUAACAACAACAUCGAAAACAACAUUUAAAGGUGAAGAGGGUAAGAGAGCUGAAAUGAUUGACCCAAAAAUGCAAAGCUUCUCCAUAGUUGCGCCAAAGAACAAGGGUAAAUUCAAUGAUCAAACCCAAUUUAAGCGCGAUUUUGGGAAGACAACGGGACCACAGCCACUCCCUCCUCGACCCGUUACUCCUCCUCCUUCGACGAUUGACUUAAAAUAUAAUAAUAGGAGAUCAUUCGAAACCGAGCAGCGUAGGGAAUUUAAAGGAAUAGACGUUGUCGAUCAUCCCAUGAUGAAGAGUUGUAAGAAGGAGUCGGAUGAAUACGAAACACCUAAAGUAAAAUUUGAGACCAAGACAAAUCAAAAGUUAGAUUAUCAACCCCUUGAUGUAGCCAAAGCUUACCAACCCCCUCCGAAGCCACCUCAAACCAAAUAUGUUGAUACAAAGCCUCCACUAGAUUGUACAACUAUGUUCCAGGAGCACUUUAAACCCUAUAACGUUUCCCCAAGACCCCGUUUUGGCGAUUUCCACGAGAAAAAUUCGUAUUUACCGCCAACAGCUUCUCUGCAAACAUCUACGACAACCGGUGAGACAUUCAUCGAAAAGAAACCUGAAACCAUUAUGAAUUACAAACCAGAAGACAAACCAAUAGCUUUAAUAGGAGAACAUGAUUUUAACACAACUCAUAGACUAACUUACGUAACGCCAAAGAAGAGAAUAUUAAAAAAAGACGCCAAAAAGCUAUUGGCAGAACUACGAAAACUGAAAAUCGAAAAAGCUAAUAUUGGCCUAGUACCGCAAAGAUGCUAAAACGAUUUUAAAGUUUCAAGAUAACUAAGUCUUGGAUUGUCAAUUUAUUUUCAGUAUUUUUUCCCCGUUUUCUUUCUCUUUCUGUCAGUAAUUUUUCUUUUUAAAAAGAUUAUGUCUCCAAUACAAAACAAUAAAACAAAAGAACGGAUCGAAAAGAGAAGGAAGAGAGAGUAAUUAAAACAUUGUUAGUAAUACAUACUUGGAAGAUGCGUAUCUAUUGAAA